AUGAAGUCGCUCUGUGUGGUAGCCUUGCUGGCGUUGGUAGCGGUUGGUGCGGCCGAAUGGAUCGACAUUGACUGGUCGCAGGUCAAGCCGAUCGAUGAGUUCGACCACUACUGGACGCGCCUCCCGGCUGAGCUGCAGAUUCUGCGUCACGCACGGCCCUCGGCACGCAUCGUGAAUGGUGCCGAAGCCCUGCCCGGACAGUUCCCGUACCAGAUUGCGCUGUUGAGUACCUUCGCCGCUGGCUCGGGACUGUGCGGAGGCACUGUCAUCACCAACAACUACAUCCUGACGGCGGCUCACUGUGUGGUGGAUGGAGAUGGAGCGGUGGCCAUCGGAGGUACCGCGAUCCUCGGAGCGCACAACCGCGAAGUCGUCGAGCCAUCCCAGCAGCGCAUUGCCUUCACCCAGGCUGGAAUAAGCGUGCAUCCCUCGUACAACCCGGCGCUGAUCCGCAACGACAUUGCGACCGUGCGUCUGAGCACUCCGGCGGUCUUCAAUGACCGCGUUCGGCCGAUCGAUCUGCCGGCACUCUCCGAUAGCCGUGACUUCGCCGGACUGGAAGGAACCGCUUCCGGCUUCGGACGCACCUCUGAUGCCCUUCCCGGAGCAUCGCCGGUGGUGAUGUUCACCCGCAACCCAGUCAUGUCGAACGCCGCCUGCCAGAGCGCCUGGAACAUCAUCCUGGUGUCGGCCCAGAACGUUUGCCUCGAUGCCACCGGUGGUCGAUCACCGUGCAACGGUGACUCUGGUGGUCCGCUGGCAGUGCAGGACGGUGGCAACAGCCUCGAGGUCGGUAUUGCCUCGUUCGUGUCCGCUCAGGGCUGUGCAUCGGGCAUCCCGUCCGUUUGGGUGCGCGUCUCCUUCUACCGAGACUUCAUUGCGGAGAACUCGGACUACGUGUUCCGUCCUUAA